GGUGUCACUCCUGCACGCACGCAAUAAUCUCUCCUCUCCUCUCCUCUCCUCUCCUCUCCUCGGCCUUUUCAAUCCUCGAUCGAUCGGCCUUCAGGUAGCUAGCCAUGGCUGAGGCCAGCUUAACUUCCGCUGUAGACGUCAACGAGUUAUGCAAAUCCAGCGAGCAGAAGAUCCCUCUUAAGGUUGGGCCAUGGGGAGGCAGCGGGGAUACCAGCUUUGACAUAAUUGGUCCGCCCACCUCCCAAAUCACAAAGAUCCUAGUGAAGACAGGAGCCGUCGUCGACAGUUUGGUGAUCUCCUAUGUUGUUGACUGGGAAGUCCAAUCAUACCGAGCAGGCGGCACUGGCGGUGUUGAAACCCACGAGUUUGAACUAGGCGGAGGUGAAUAUAUCAACAAAAUCUUUGGGUCCAUCAGUGAUUAUAACGGCGAAACUUGUAUCGCUCAGCUCGGAUUUAAAACCAACUUGGGGAAGCAACAUGGGCCUUUUGGGGCAGGAGGUGGCAAGGAGUUCACUGUUCCAGUUGUCAACGGUCGAAUUGUUGGACUCUUUGGCCAGUACACCAAUUAUAUAAAUGCGAUCGGAAUCUCUGCUCUCUUACUCUCCUCUCUUAAUUAAUUAAUUAAUUGCCUAUCUGAUCAUCCAUUCUGGCUUGGCUUCUUCGCUUAAUUUGCUACGUACUACUGUUUUAAAUAAAUUUGGUAUGUUCGGUGUUUUAAAAUAAAAUGGAUGAUGAUCAGUCAGUCAACUUUAUAUGUAUGUCUAAUUUGCUGUUCUCAAGCUAGCUACUAGCUAUUUUCUUCAUUUAAUUUGCUCUAAUAAAUUGUGUUGUUUUUAUCA